GUCUCAUGUGCUUGCCCCUAAUCUUCACUCUCUCUCUCUCUCUUUCUAUUCUCUCUCUCUCUCUAGAAUUUGCGCAGAGUUUCAGAUCCAAAAUAUCUGUUCUGGUUAUCGAGAUCGGAGGAGGUUCGGGUCGGUCCAAUCCCUAUCCGAUCCGAUUAGGUAAGUGAUAGCUUUGAGGAGUUGCGGCAAGAGAAGCGAAGAAGGGAACCCAUGAAGCAGGCCAUGUGAUUUCUGGUUGAUCAUUUUUAACCUUGUGGUUUCGCUGAUACGAGUAUGGGAGCGGGCUAUGAAAAGUCUGGAAGAAGAGCCAUAAGAGAUGCACCAACCAAGGCUUUUAAUUUCUCUCUCAUGCUUUCUCCUGUUGUUUCUUUUUGGGAAUGUAUUGUUCGUAAAAUGAGAUACUCCUUCAGACCUGAAUGGGUGUAGUUCUUCAGGAAUAGUUAUUUGAAGUCUUUCUUUCUGCUUUAGAAGAGAUCACAAAGCUUUCAAGGAUUUAAUUUGAAAUCAGAGAUGGCUUAAGAAGUCGGUUUCUUUCCAUAGAUAGACAGGUUGAAUAGGUUAACUUUAGGUCAGCAAUCUGAAAGUAAAGGGAAAAAGGAUCUUUCAUGGACAAAGUGAGGUGCGGUCAAGCAACCCCAAUACUAAAGAAGGGAAAGAAGAAGCAGGCAAAAGAUGAAGUUGAUCGCCAGAAGCAGGCUGAGAAAAAGAGGAGACGCUUAGAGAAAGCACUAGCGACCUCUGCAGCUAUAAGGUCUGAACUGGAGAAGAAAAAACAGAAGAAAUUAGAAGAACAGCAAAGGCUGGACAAAGAAGGAGCUGCUAUAGCUGAGGCUGUAGCUUUACAUGUCCUCAUUGGAGAAGAUACAGAAGAAUCUCAUCAUUUCAUGCUAAAUACAAAUAGCAGAUAUAACUCUUGUGGAAAUUAUAGUAACACUGGGCUUUUCAUGGGUUAUCAAAGCUUUGCAGAGUAUCCUAGUUGCAAGUGGAAUGAGUGGGAGAUCAAACAAGCAUUGCCACAAGGAGUACGUGUAACAGAUCUUCAGUCGCCUUUUUAUGCAGAGAAUUGUCAAGGAACAGAUAUUUCUCCGGGAAUUAUGGCAGCCCGAGCUGUUGAAUCUCUGAAAAUUGCUGAAUGUUCACAGGACGAUCCCUUCUCUGGCCGGGGAGCUGCAAUUGUUGUUGUCAACAGGAUGCUGUGACAAAGUAAUUGGGGUGAUCUUAGACACACAUCAUAUACACUUGUAUAUAACCACUCAGGUUUGUGCUCGUUUGUUUUGGUUAUUUACAUGUAGUCAUCUUAUUACAGAAUGACAUAAAAUGUUUGUAUUAGUGUGUCUGAGCAUCUGUUUGGUUUGGUGAGAAUACGAUGAGAUCUGUUUUAUUUACAUUUGAAGAAAGACCUAUAGAGAACAAUAAAUUGGCAUAUGUAAUUUGUUGAUUUUGUCUA